AUGACUGCAGAAAAGCGUAUACCGUUACAUGAAUUACGUGAGAUUACAAAUGGAUUCUCAGUGGACUCAAGAAUAGGACAGGGUGGGUAUGGAGAUGUUUACAAGGGACUGUACAAAGGAAGAGAUGUUGCUGUGAAGUUGCUUCAUGUUGAUACGGUGCAAGGAAUCGAUGAUCAACAAUAUCUCAAUGAAGUUGGUAACCUUUUGAGGGUUAAGCAUCCAAAUAUCAUGCAGUUAUUUGGUUAUAGUUAUGAAACAACUUCUGAAUUGGUUGAACACAAGGGUAAGCAAGGUCUGAGUAAACACAUAUAUAGAGUCCUCUGCUUCGAGUACUUGCAGGGUGAAAGCCUAGACAAGCGUCUUCCUGGUACGAUGGAACUUAACCUUAGUAUAUGUUCAUUUUCUUUCAUGUUUAAAAAAACAAAUUUAAUUCUAUUGUGUAUAAUAUUGUCUUUAUCAACUUGUGUAGAAGAAUCUUUUGCACCUGAUUGGAGCAUACGUUACAUGAUUAUAAAGGGCAUUUGUGAAGGAUUAAAUUUCCUUCACAGGUGUGAACCACCAAUUUUUCAUCUUGAUCUAAAGCCUGCCAAUAUAUUACUAGACAGUUCCAUGAUGCCUAAAGUGGCAGAUUUUGGAUUGUCAAGGGUCAUCAGUCAAUCACACACUCAAGUCACAAAACAAAUCAAAGGAACCCAGGCAUACAUGCCACCAGAAUUCAUAAAAGAUGGCUAUAUCUCACGUAAGAAUGAUGUCUUCACUUUAGGACUUGUGAUGAUAGAGAUAAUGACAGGGUCUUUGGGUUACUCCGGUCAUAUAGAAACUGACGAAGUCGUGCAAUUUACGCAGAAGGUACUUAGCAAUUGGAAGAAUAGGAUAAAGGCCACUUCAGAGUACCCAUUAGAGGAAUCACAUCAAGUGCAGACAUGCAUCGACACAGCAAUGCGUUGUAUGGAACUUGACGGAAACGAUCAACCAACUAUAGCAGAAGUACUGGAUACUCUGAACAAGACAGAAACUCAUAUUCCCAAGAGACAGAUGAUAGAUGUGCUCCCGUAUCCAACUAUUGGGCUCAGGAGCGAGUCUAAUAUGUUGGAGAUGAUGGUUGCUGAACUGAACAAUAAUGAUAACGGACAUAGCAAUUCGAUGCCAACAGAUAGCUCUAACCGUGCUGUGCAGCAAGUUCCUGACAGGGAAACAUCAUCAGAUGUGGAAGAAGUAAUCAUCGGAAGGACUGAGGAAAAACAGAAAAUAUUGUCUAUUUUAUCCGAGCACAUCACAGAAAAAAUGGUCAUCCUUCCAAUAUAUGGCAUUGGAGGCAUUGGCAAGACAACCUUGGCACAAAUGGUAUUCAAUGACCAACAGUUUGAAGACUACACUCGGGUGUGGGUAUAUGUUUCCCCGGAAUUUAACUUGCAUAAGAUAGGCAACUCUAUAAUAAUGCAGUUAACAGACAAGAUCAGCAAUAUAUCUACCAAACAGAUGCUUCAUAACUGCCUUAAAGAGCUGUUUGCUGGUAAGAGGAUCCUUAUUGUUUUGGAUGAUCUGUGGGAGGAGAACCCAAAAGAGUUUGAUAAACUAAAGGUUAUGCUAGGGCUUGGCGUGGGAAGUAAGGUGAUUAUAGUAACUACACGUGAUGGAGGCCUCGCAAGGAAAUUUUGUAGUCCUGCAGUUACACCAUACAAGCUGGAGACUUUGACGGUUGAUGAGUGCUGGACUAUAAUUAAACAUAAAGCUGACUUUGAAAACCGAGUGGAUCAAGAACAAUUGGAGCAUAUAGGAAGGGAGAUUGCAGCCAAAUGUGGAGGAGUGGCCUUAGCAGCUCAAUCACUUGGAUACAUGUUGAACGGCAUGACUUCAGAUGAAUGGGAGUCGGUGAGAGAUAGUUAUAUCUGGAAUCUAUCGAGUUUGGAGGGCCAUGAAGUGCUUGCGUCCUUACGGCUAAGCUAUAGCCACAUGUCUGCUUGGUUGAGGUUGUGCUUUUCCUAUUGUGCAAUAUUUCCAAAAGGUCACAAAAUAGUGAAGUAUGAUCUAAUUCACCAAUGGAUUGCUCUUGCAAUCUAG